ACACUCGCUCCGGUGGCUUAGCCAGGUUCUCACGACUCUGUUUCGGAUGCGGAUCUUUUCUCCUUUCUUCUUCUGCAUCCGGAUUAGAGCUUUUUCCAAAGGACGAAGCCAGCCCUGCCUGGCAGUAGCAUCCUCCCCAUUAUAAUAUUUUUUUUUCCCCCUGUUUAAAAGAUUUUUUUAAAACCCCCGGGCUCUCUUUUCUUCCCACCACAUCCUUCUGUGAUGCCUUCCCGGCCGGGAGAAAAUUGGCUAGGGGCUUGGGACAGCUCCGUAGCCCACCUUUCAAGGCGCUAGGCAGCAUUGAGGACAGAAGAGCGGCUGACCCUUCGGUUUUUCUAUUAUUAUUAUUUUUUUUUUUUUCGUGUUUCAAGCGAAAAGAAAAAUAGCUUUUCCCUCUCGUGGACUUCUGCACCCAAAACCCCCGUUUUUUUAUUUUUAUUUUUUUUAUUUUCUCCUUUUCUCCCUCCUUUCGCUCCUGCCUCGAUCGGGUCUUUAGCGCAAGCCUACAAGAAGAAGAAAAAAAGAAGAUUUUUCGGGUGUUUUUUUUUUUUUCUUUCUUCUUUCUUUUCGGAAAACAGACACCCCCCCCAUCCUCUACACCGCCUUAGCAGAUCGACUUUGCCCCCCACCGAUUUCACCUUCCUGAAGGUUGAAGCCGUCGGCCAGAUCGCGCGUGGCGUGGCCAGGAAGAUCUUCGGGGCUGCAAUGAUUUGAAGAUCUUGAGAGAGAAAUUUCCAAGGGUUUUGCUGUCCAGCCUUUAAACCCACUGAGUCUUUGAGUUGGUUGACCUAAAGGAUGGCUGCCUGUUGGAAGAGAUGGGCCUUCGCCAUGGUGCUGCUUCCUGUGGCUGCAUCCAUGCAUUCUGAUUGUUUCAUCAAAAAGGAACAAGAAGCGUGUUUAGAAAACAUCCAGAAACUGACCAGCAGUACGACCUUCAAUGAAUCAUCCCCAGGUUGCGCCGGGAUGUGGGAUAACAUCACUUGCUGGAAACCAGCUUUGGUGGGUGAAGUCGUGUAUGUCAAAUGCCCAGCUCUCUUCACCGUGGUGAACGUAGAUUAUGGCUGGGAUCUGAACACCAUGGCGUAUGCGCAACCAGGAGAGCUUGAAAUGUUUGACAAUCCAGAGCAACUUCUAGCAGAUGGAUCCAUGGAUUUUAAAUUGGUCAGCAGGAACUGCACCCAGGAAGGCUGGUCUGAACCAUUCCCACAUUAUUACGAUGCCUGCGGAUUUGAUGACAAUGACACAUGGAAUGGCCAGGCUUACUACUACCUGUCUGUCAAGGCUUUGUAUACAGUUGGCUACAGCACAUCCCUCGUUUCGCUCACCACCGCCAUGGUGAUCUUGUGCCGUUUCAGGAAACUGCAUUGCACCCGGAAUUUUAUUCACAUGAAUCUUUUUGUUUCAUUCAUUCUGCGUGCCAUAUCCGUCUUCAUUAAAGAUGGGGUCCUGUAUGCUGAACAAGACAGCAAUCAUUGUUUUAUUUCGACGGUGGAAUGCAAAGCAGUGAUGGUCUUCUUCCACUACUGUGUGAUGUCCAACUAUUUCUGGCUUUUUAUUGAGGGGCUGUACCUCUUUACGUUACUUGUGGAAACCUUCUUUCCAGAGAGGAGAUAUUUCUACUGGUACACUAUCAUUGGCUGGGGAACUCCAACCAUUUGUGUCACAGUCUGGGCAGUCCUUCGGCUUCACUUUGAUGACAUUGGCUGUUGGGACAUGAAUGACAACACUGCUUUAUGGUGGGUAAUCAAAGGUCCAGUUGUGGCGUCCAUAAUGAUCAAUUUUUUGCUUUUCGUGGGCAUCAUCAUUAUCUUGGUUCAGAAACUCCAAUCUCCAGAUAUUGGGGGCAACGAAUCCAGCAUCUACUUCAGCUGCGUUCAGAAAUGCUACUGUAAGUCCGAGAGGACUAACCAGCAUUCUUGCAGGAUGGCUGAACUAUCCAUCAUCACCCUGCGGUUGGCCCGAUCCACCUUGUUACUCAUCCCACUCUUUGGGAUUCACUACACAGUGUUUGCCUUUUAUCCAGAGAAUGUCAGCAAAAGGGAGCGCUUGGUUUUUGAACUGGGGCUUGGUUCCUUCCAGGGUUUCGUGGUCGCUGUGCUAUACUGCUUUUUGAAUGGGGAGGUGCAAUCCGAAAUCAAGAGAAAAUGGCGGAGCUGGAAAGUCAACCGUUAUUUUGCUGUGGAUUUCAAACACCGCCAUCCCUCCCUGGCAAGCAGCGGUGUCAACGGGGGGACUCAACUGUCCAUCUUGAGCAAGAGCAGCUCGCAGAUUCGGAUGUCCAGCGUCCAUGCCGAGAACUUGGCCACAUGAGCCCGUAAGACCCCGCUUCUUCUCCCACCGAUUAACCCUACUUUGGACACCACGAAAGGACCAUAUUUAGGCCUAAAUAUGAUGGCUUUCGGGGUAUUACUUCCGUCUGCCUUUUUUAAAAAUAAUAAUAAUAAUAAACAAAUCCACCUCCCUUUGAUGGAAAGUUUCUGGGGUUCUGAAGCUUGUCAUCUCUGAUGGGUGGAAAAGGAGCUCCACAAAGAGGUCCCAUCUAGGGGAACGAGGUCCUCCAGACCAAAAUCACCUCGAUACACCCGUUGUCCCAAGAGCUGAAACCCUCCCAUCACUUCCGUUCCUCAUUUCCCUGGUACCAUUGAUGAAUUUUUGGGGUCUCCAAGACGAGGGCCAUGAGUGAACAUCUCAUGAAGUUGGGGUGUCUCAUGUCCAAACGCUUCUGAUCCCAACAUCUUGGACCACCGGUGUCCUCUUUUGGGACCUAGAAUGUCAUGCACCGUAAUGGUUUCCACUUACCUUCGCUAUCAUUUUGGAACUGUAAGCAUGCAUGCACGCUUACUUUGCUCAUGCGCAGCACUUCUGCACAUGCUCAGAGCAUCCAUGAUGACGUCCAGGCAGCUGGGUGGAGCCUCCCGCCGCUACCGGUUCACCCAAACCAGUAGAAACCCACCACUGGUUAUGCAAACACUGAGCCAGGGGUGACCCCCCUCACCCCCCCCAAUGGUGGUGGGCAUUGCGGUCGCAGAGACGGAUCCUACCAGAAUUGGUUGAGAGCCCUCAUUCCUUAACCACCUCAUUCCUCAGAUGGAAAAUCCCCCAACCCUACAAGUGGAAGGUCUCCGAUUUUCCCCCUUUGAGGAAACUAUCUGAAUUAUUUUGUUUUGUUUCUUUCGUUAAGCUACGGAUCUUCUAAAAUGGCCAUCUCAGUACCAUAGAGUUAUAUUUUUUGAGACAGAUGGUUUUUUUUUCUUUCUUUCCUUGUUUUUUUUUUUUAAAAAUAGAACUAAUAUGGAGAUAGAUUAUAUGUAUUUCCCGACAUUAAGUGCCGAUUAAUUCCGGAGAUACUUUUUCUCCCAGACUUCUGACACGACCCCUUCCAUGGCUAACGAGUGACAGAAAAUAGGGUGAGGGGAGGGACUUCGAAGGGAGGAUUUGGGUUGACUAUCAAAAAGUGUGUGCGGCAUGUUAUCAAGGCAUGGUUCACCCCAAAAGGGCAGAUGGGUUAUGUAGUUGGAGGAGGAGAUUCAUUGGGGGGAUCUUAAGAGAGCCACCUGCCUUUUCUUCCUCCUUCCUUCCUUUUUUUUGUUUCCUUCCUUCUUUCCUUCCUCCCUCCCUCUCUUUUCUUUCUCUUUCCCUUUCAUUUUUAUCUUUUUUCCUUGCUUCCUUCCAUCUCUUCCUUUCUUCCUCCCUUCCUCCCCUUUCUUCCUUCCUUCUUCCCUUUUUUCUUUCCUUUCUCCUCCAUCCCUUUUUUCUUUUUUCCUCUCCCUCCCUCCCUUCCUUCUCUCCCUCCCUCUCCCUUCCUUUUUUGUUUCUUUCCUUCCUCUCCCUCUCUUCCUUCCUUCCUCCCUCCUUUCUCUUUCCCUUUCAUUUUUAUCUCUUUUCCUUCCUUCCUUCCCUCCCUCUCUUCCUUUCUCCCUCACUUUCUCUCCUUCCUUCCUUCCUUCCUUCCUCCUUUUUUCAUUUUUUCUUUCCUUUCUCCUCCAUCCCUUUUUUUCCUCUCCCUCCCUCCCUUCUCUCCCUCCCUCCCUCUCCCUUCCUUCCUUUUUUCCCUUCCUCUCCCUCUCUUCCUUCCUCCCUUUUCUCUUUCUCUUUCAUUUUUAUCUUUUUCCUUGCUUCCCUCCAUCUCUUCCUUUCUCCCUCUCCCUCCCUCCCUCUCUUCUUUCUCCCUCCUUUUCUCUCCUUCCUUCAUCCCUCCCUUUUUUCAUUUUUUUCUUUCUUUUCUCCUCCCCUCUUUUUUCUUUUUUCCUCUCCAUCCUUCCCUUCUCUCCAGUGGUGGGAUUCAGCCAGUUCGCAGCACUUCGGUUGUUAACUUUCUGAGCAGUUUGGUGAACUGAUUGUUGGAAGAAAUCAUUAGGGCAGAGAAGCGGUUGUUAAAUUAUUUCAAUCCCACCACUGCUUCUCUCCCUCUUCCUUCCUUCCUUCCUUCCUUCCUUCCUUCCUUCCUUCCUUCCUUCCUUCCUUUCCUUUCCUUUCCUUUCCUUUCCUUUCCUUUCCUUCCUCUCUCCCUCUUCCUCCCUCCCUCCCUUUCUUCCCCCUAUUUUGCACAGCUGGGGUAUUUUCUAUGAUUAGCCAUUAUUACUAGUAAAAAAAAAAAAGAGGGUGGAAAUUUUUUUAUUAAGGCUUGGAAGGAAGAAGUGGGUUCUUCUAACCCCCACCUUCAAUUCAGAGCCCCUUCUUUUGCGUAGCUGCUUUCAGCCGAACUCAACCAACGAUGUCAGUUUUUUUCCCCGUGAGACUCUUGUGUCAUGCACGACGUCUCCAGAGGACUUUUGUGGUGUUUCGUGGGCUGUGUGAGUCUCUCCUCCAUGUUUCAAGAUCCUCUCUAAUCGGUGUGACUUCAUAUGUGUGUGUUUGCGUGUGUGUGCAUACCUUAAAGAGGACUAUCCUAUUUUAUUAAAAUGGUAAGGAAUAAAUGCUCACCGCAGCUAAGAAAUGGAAGAAGAAAUUCUGCUUAAUAAAAGGUUUGGGGAAAGGAAAAGGGAAAAUGCUUAAGUUGCUUCCUACGCAUUGAGUAGCGUGAGAUUCUUUGCACCUGCUCCUUCCACCCUGCAGUUUUGGGGCGGCUUUCUACUACAGGUAGUCUUUGACUUAUAACCAAAACUGAGCCCAACAUUUCUGUGGCUAAGUGAGAAAUUUGUUAAGUGAGUUUUGCCCCAUUUUACAACCUUCCUUGCCACAGUUGUUAAGUGAGCCACUGUAGUUGUUGACAGUCAGUCACACGGUUGUUAUGUGAAUCUGGCUUCCCCUUCUGACUUUGUUUCUCAGAAGGUUGCAAAAGGGGAUCACAUGACCUCGGGAUGCUGCAGCCGUCAUAAAUACGAGACAGUUGCCAAGUGUCUGAAUUUUGGUCAUGGGAUCCUGGGGAUGCUGCAGCGGUCGUAAUUUUGAAAAAUGGUCAUAAGUCAUUUUUUUCAGCGCCGUUUUAACUUCGAACGGUCACUAAAUGAACUGUUACAAGUCAAGGACUACCUGUAUAAAGAAGGACAGGAUAAAAUGCCAUUUAACCAUUGUCACAUAAUUCUUUGGUUCUCCAGGUUUCUCUUGGAAGCAACUUAUCUCUCCUUAUAUAAGCCACAACCAAGGUUUUCAUUUUGGCUUACACUCCAACUCACUUGUAUAUUUGGUGUAGAAUCUGCAAUAAAAGGGGAUUUGAAUGAUGGACAGGCUGGGUUCUAAUUGUCCUGAGCUACCUUGGCAAAGCUGUCAGUACCAGUGCUUUGAUAGUCUGCAUUCCUUCCUCUGUUGUGCAACUCCUUCCUUCCUUCCUUCCUUCCUUCCUUCCUUCCUUCCUUCCUUCCUUCCUUCCUUCCUUCCUUCCUUCCUUCCUUCCUCCCUUUUCCCUUUACUUCCUUUCCUUUCUCCUCCCUCCCUCUCUUUCCUUCUUUCCCUCUGUCUCUCUUUCCUCCCUCCCUCCCUAUCUUUCUCUCCUCUCCUCUUACCUAUUCCUUCCUUCCUCCUCCUUUCCUCUCCUUUCUUUUUUCUUUUCUUUCUCUUCUGUCUUUCUUUCCACCCUUUCCUCUCCUCUCCUCUUCCCUCCCUCCCCUUGCUGCCUUCCUUCCCCUCCCCUCUUCCUCCCUUCCUCUCUUUCUUCCACCCACUCUCCCUCCCUCCCUUUCAUUUAGAGAGCACCGAAAAAUACCCCCCCACCCAGAAGGAGAAAGCCAGAUAAGCUGUGAAUAACACCAGACAAACGAUCAAGCAGAAAACAAUACCUUAAUCAAGGAAUUAUUAAGGAGAAAAUAACAUUUCCACUAACAUUGAGAGGGCAAGCCACUGCUGUAGAUAAACGAAGAGGAAACCCCCUUCCUUUCUAGCCCUGAUGAUGUUACCUACUUGGGGAAUGAAAUGUCUGAAAGAAAACCACCAAACUCAGAGAUCAUCAAGGGCCCCACAGUCCUGAAAUUAAAAUAGUUUGGUGGCAAGAAACCGAGGACAAUUUCUGGGAAAGAUUGAAACCAAGUCCUUUCGAAUUUUCUGGUACAAUCCUCCACUAAAAUGCCUAAAAUUGUAGCAAGAAAUACAGACAACAUACUUUUAAAACACUUGUUACAAAUUAAGGGGAAAUGGACAAAACAGAUGAAUACAGGCAGUCCUCAACUUACAACCAUUCAUUUAGUGACUGUUCAAAGUUACCCCAGCACUGAAAAAAGGGACUUAUGACCAUUUUUCACACUUCUGACCACUGCAGUUGCCCCCAAGGUCAAAAUUUGCUUGGCAACUGACUCAUAUUUAUGACUGUUUCCCCAGGGGUCACAUGAUCCCCUUUUGCAACCUUCUAACAAGCCACGUCAAUGGAGAAGUUAACUGCCGUGUGACUAACUUAACAAUUGCAGUGGUUCACUUAACAACCAUGGCAAAAAAGAUCGUAAAAUGGGGCAAAAUCCCCCCCAUCAGCCAUCUUGCUGAACAAUGGAAAUUUUGGGCUCAAUUGUGAUUGUAAGUGAAGAACUAUCCGUGUUGGAAAAUUAAAAAGUGAUGGAAGAAUGUACAUAUUGCACAUCUUUUUCCUAAAAGUUCCAUCUCUCUCCCUAAAAUCUCUUAAAAUUAGAGCAAAUUUAAAUCUAUAACUCUUGCUUGAGAGUAAAUCAUAUGGACUGAAUUCCAUUAGCUUCCGAAGGUCUUACUAGUAGACAAUUGUCACAGGAUUACAUACAGAUACUCCUUGUUUUACGACUACCAUUGAGGCCAAAAUUUAUGACACUUGAGCAGGGGAUUGGAUUAGAAAACCAGCUCUGAUAUUCUGUCAUUCAAAUACCCAGCAGGGCUGGACCAUCAGGCAAAGCUAAUCCAAAUUCAUAAUUUUAUACAAUUUUAUAAAGCAAGACAAUUGUUAAGUGACUUUUGCCCCAUUUUAUGACCUUUCUUGCCACAGUUGUUAAGCGAAUCAUCGCAGUUGUUAAGUUAGUCACACGGUUGUUAAGUGAAUCUGGCUUCCCCAUUGACUUUGCUUGUCAGAAGGUUGCAAAAGGGGAUCACAUGGCCCCCAGGAUGCUGCAACCGUCAUAAAUAUGAGUCAGUUGCCAAGCAUCCAAGUUUUGAUCACAUAUGUAUUCUUGGUAGUGCUGCAACAGUCGUUAAGUGUGAAAAAUGGUCAUAACUCACUUUUUUCAGCGCCGUUGUAAUUUCCAACGGUCACUAUAUCAACUGUUUGCAGAUCGAGCACUACCUGUAAUUAAUAAACCAGUGCCAAAUUGCUUUAGAGUAAGCCCACUGGGGGAGUUGGUUUACUUUGGAGUAACGGACUUAAGAUCCUAUGGACUGAUAUUUUUGAAUCCCAGUUUUACAACGUUUUGUGGUUGUGGGAAAAGUUCCCAGUUGCUCUUCUGCACAAAAACAUUUUGUUAUGUUUGUUUUCUCUUGACUGUCCAACAAAAUGAAUGUAUUUGCUGAAUGAAUGAGUCAAGCAUCUCUCUUUUUUUCAUUUGUCAGGCGGUAGAAACCUAAUGGCCAAGAUUUGCUUCUAAAGCUGAUGUAAAUAUCUCUUUUUGCGUUGAAACCGUGCUCUGUUUCUUCUUCUUUUUCCACUGUGAACUAUCUUUUGGAGUUUGAGGAUCUAUGUUAUUAAAAAAGAAAACAAAAAGCAAGUGUAAUUAUAACAAAGUUUAUUGAGAAUAAAAUAUUUGUUGUGA